AUGAGACUAUUCACCGUAUUGGCCAAUUUGUUUGGUGAUUAUCAGCGGACGACAUCGAAAAAGCUGAAACUUAUCGAUGCUUACAUGUUCUACAUCUUCAUUACUGGUGUUAUUCAAUUUGUUUACUGUGUCCUCGUUGGAACAUUUCCGUUCAACUCGUUCCUGUCUGGUUUUGUGUCGACAGUUGGUUGUUUUGUUUUGGCAGCAUCACUUCGAAUACAAGUUAAUCCGGAAAAUAAGCCAUUAUUUCCUAAUAUUGCUCCGGAACGUGCUUUUGCUGAUUUUAUCUUUGCUCAUGUGAUAUUACAUCUUGUGAUUGCAAACUUUUUAGGAUGA